AUGGCGUUACUCCGACGACUUGCGCGCUCUUCUUCCUCGGUACAAACUGCAACGUGGCAGUUGUUUGGUAUAUCUAGCCCUCAACGCAAUGAAUCGUCGUCUGCUCUAUUGCAGUCACAGCGUCUGACACUCCGCACCUUUCAUGCGUCAGCACAACGCGAAAACACGGCGCUGAUCGCUGGUCUAGGCGUGGCUGGCGCUGCGUUGAGCACCAAGUAUGUGUUGCAGAUAUGGACAGCUUACAAAAAUCGCCCUAAACGUGAGAAAACAAGCUCUUGGAAAUAUCGUAAUUUCUAUGAUGGCCCCUUUGAGGAAAAGAUGACGCGACGCGAGGCUGCACUUAUCUUGGGUGUGCGCGAGAGCGCGUCCGAGGAGCGGAUUCGCAACGCACACCGUAAGCUGUUGAUACUGAAUCACCCGGACACAGGUGGCUCUACGUUUUUGGCCACAAAGAUUAAUCAAGCCAAGGAAAUGUUGCUGAAUGGCGGCAAAUAG